AUGCAAAAAGAACAAUUGAGGGUAUCGUCAGAGAAAUGGAGCUUCGAGAGAAGGGGAGCUUCCGAAAGAAACACUUACGACAGGCCACCCUGUCUCUCUUAUAGAAUCACCUUGGUUAAUGCGGCUAACGCAUUGCCCGCUGAGAAGGUACUACUGGAGGAGCGAGCAUUCACUCCCGAGGCCUGGGCCCGCCAUUACUCGCGCAGGGACCGUAUGGCCCCCACCCUAGCUGUGCGGCUGCGUCGUCGCCAGCGUGUCAUUGUCGUUCGGGAGGAAUUACAGCCGUCUCUCUUGACAACGUCCAUGAUAAAAGAAAGGCGGAUGACCGUCAUCAGCCUGGAUUUCAUACAUACAGUAGCAUCCAUGUUCCAGGACGCAGCCGCGCACGAUCAAGCCCUCAGCCUCAGGGGUGAUUUCGACGACAAGUCGACAACGAUAUGUCCAAGAACCGCCUCGCGAAUCAAUCCCGCGCGCGGAGAAUUUCCCGAACGGAAGAAGAAGAGAUUGAUUUCCGAGAUGCCGAACACGAAUGCCGAAACUGAGAAGGAAAAAAAAAAUCAACCCAACCUCACCUCACCUCACCUCCCUCCUGAGUCCCAAUGGUUUGAAAUACUUGCACAUAUUCACAUCAUAUGUGAGGAACCGCCUGGUGUGGUUGCUCGGAAAGCAGUCACUUCUCCUAAUAAUAAUAAUGAUGAUGUUCCAAGAUAACCCCGUCUACAACGACGAGCGCCUACUCAUCCCUACCACCACCAUGACCACCAGCCUCAUCAUCAGUACCAUCAGCACCAGCACUAGUCAUACUCAUACCGCUCAAACUCGGCGUCUCAUUCCCCCUUUUCCCAAUUCCAAGCUUGAGGACAUUGCUCCAAUUCCUGCCACUACCACGCGCGUGCUCCCUACUCUCACGUCCAGGAGCGAAUUUCUCAGAAGAGACACUCGCGCUGAGUGAACCUUCAUUCUCAUGCUCGUCUUCCUCAGCAGGCGCAGGGCUCGGUGCGACAUUGGUGUCGAGUCGGGACUUCUCGCGUUUGAAGGUAGGGAGUGUGAACUUGCUGGAACUUGACUUGCGGGAGAGCUUCUGCAUGAAUGAUUCCUUGCCUGCUGAGGUUCCGGACAAAAGUGGCGAUGGGGCUGCGGCGUCUGAAUUGGUGUAUGAUGGUGUUCGCGCGAGGUACUCUUGAGAGUUGCGACCAGACUCGGCGAUUGAGGAUUCAGUCGUCGUCAUGCUUCGUGUAUCGCGAGUGUCUUUGCUCUUCCGAGAAUUUGGAGGAGACAUGUCUUCAUGGUCCUCUUGCUGGGGCAGAUUGGGCGUGCCAGAAGCUGACGAAGCGACAGUCGAUGCAUUGUCCUUGUCCCUGGUCUUGCUCUUGGUCAACGACAUUCCUGAAAAGAAACUCUUGAAGUCCUUGGCUGCAGGGUUCAACUUGGGAGCAUCGUUGGCAGGGGCCUUUUCGGCUUUCUUGGAGCCUGGAGGUGGUUUUGUUCCGAUGGGACCGAGCUUUGCCGCCUUGGAUGAGUCCAAAAUAUCAGAGUCAGAAUCAGGUUCGGACCCUUCAUCUUCCAUGAUGUUGUCUGGAGGCCCACUGCCGCCAUGCUGCGCAGAUGGACGUCGAGAAGGAUGUCGCGAUCCAAGCAUUCGAGACUGCUGUGAUGAGGGAGCAUUCCAGCCAGCACCAAACGCAAGAGGGCUACUUCGUGCACCACUAGCCGCAUCAGCCGAAGGCCAAGCGUCUGCACCCCAUCGUGUGCUGUCGAACGAAGGCCGUGGCAGCUCGUUUGAAUGAGUUGAGCCCGGACGAGGAGAUCCAGGGCGACGACGAAAUCCACCAAAGCUAGUAGGCCAAGCCCCAGUCGAUUGUGCUGGUGCCCUGCUUGCGAAAGGGUUGAAUCUACUCAGUCUGGACGCAGCAGGCAUU